CAGUAGAGGUGCCUUUUCUCCUCAUCGUCCCACUAGCUGCUAAAUCGUGGCCUCUGGCCCCCCAACACAAUCUAGGGGGAGCAAGAUGAAGUGGAAAGGGAUUGUUAUCUCCGCCAUCCUGCAGGCACAGCUCCCAAUUACAGACGCAGCAUCCCUGGGACUGACAGACCCACGCCUGUGCUACGUACUGGAUGGGCUUCUCUUCAUUUAUGCGAUCAUUAUUACAGCCCUUUUUGUGAAAGCUAAGUUCACCAGAACCCCUGAAUCGCAAGGGCUGCCAGGCCAGGGUGAAGUGUACAAUCAAUUGUCUCAUGCACGCAGAGAUGAAUAUGAUGCUCUGGGGGCUAAGCGAGGUGGUGACCCUGAGCUAGGAGGGAAAAAUCAGCAAAGAAGAAAGAAUCCUCGUGACCCUCUCUACACGUCUCUGCAGAAGGACAAGAUGGGUGAGGCAUACAGCGAGAUUGGGAAGAAGGGAGAGCCCCAGAGGCGGCGAGGCAAAGGCAACGAUGGUCUUUACCAGGGACUCAGCACAGCGACCAAGGACACAUAUGAUGCCCUCCAGAUGCAACCAUUGCCUCCCCGCUAACAGGGACUUGUGCAGCAGAUGGGCAAGACUGAGGCCAGCCCACACACUUUGGGGGAGGAGAGAAGGGAAACUCCAGGAAUCCAAACAAGAUGAUUCUGCCAACGCCAGUUUUUCGCAGUGCAGGAAACUCCUUUUAGUCACGACACAGCAAGGAAAUAACUCCAUCAUUUGGAGAUUCCCCUUCUCCCUUCCCCCCUCCAAGUCUGCAACAGCAAGCUUCAGCUUUUCAACGUAUAGAUCUGUAAAACGAUUCCCCAUGACAGUGGUUGUUUCACAGGCUAAAUUUUGUACGAGUAUUUGUAGCUAGAGAAAGGGACAAGAGCAGAGUACGUGGGGGCCCCGAGGGCCAUGGGCCCCCUCGGCUAUCACCUGAAAUGCAUAAAACUUUCCACAUGUCCAUCAUCUUGGGCCCCCUCACAGCAAAAAUCAAAAUUGGCACCUAUGGACUGGAGCCUGGGAUUCCUGGGCUCUUCCCCUGCCUCGGACUAGACUUAGGUUCCCUAAGUAUUUAAAAAAACCAAAACAAAACAUGUUACCUACCUCACAGGGGUGUUGUGGAGCCUCCUUUAUGGUGUAAAGCUCUUAGGGGUCCUCCCAUGGAAGGCACUAUAGUUGUGGCCACUGUUUCUACUGUGAUCUGCACUAGAGUAACUACAACUGUCCAGCUAAAUUAUCUUCCACUGUAAAUUCAGCUUUACGUUUCUUUAACUGCAAAGAACUGGAAAAAAACUGUCAAGUUGUUAUAGUGUGACACAAAUGCUAAAAGCAUGCUCUGCUUUUCAGUCAGAAAAAGCCCAGCACUGGCUGCAACAGGGGCUCAAGAAAUAACACCCGGCACGACGAGCUCCUGCAGCACAUGAGCUGUAUCCAGGAAUACGGAUGACAACAAAUGAAAGCUAGGUAACCUUUAGCAGAGAGGUUUCUUCCUGCAGCAGGACUGGUGCAGCAUAUUAAGUGAACCAUCCCUAUUCAUUAGGAUGCGAGCUGGGACAUUGCACACCAGUAACGCUUGGCAAUGAGAUAAUGCUGGGAAAAUUGGGAUUAAAUUACAGGAUGCCUUAAGAUUGGUUGAAGAUCCACAGUUUGACCUUUUCUGCUGACAUGCUUCAGUGCUGUAUUUUGUACGUGAUAAAAACAAAGCAAAACUUACUUGCUGGGAAAGGAAAUGUAGAAAAGCCAAAGAAAUGUACAUUAAAAAAAAAAAAUCUCUUUGGGAUCUUUUCCAAGGUGAGCACAAAGGCAUUGGUGCUCAGCAACAGAAAGGAUCUGCAGCGAGCUAAUAAAGCUGGUGGGGAAGCCACACGUGUGUAAUUG